CUCAAAUAAACAUUGCCGCAAACUUCUCGAUAGCGAAAUUGUAAUUGCAGUCAAGUGAGUACUAGUUCAAAGCGGAACAUAGACAUACAUAACUAAGUGGACGAGCGCCUGCUUGUAGGGCUAGAAUAUUUAUUUCCUUCUAUCACCGUCCGAAUUCAAAUUCAUGACACUAUUACGCCUCGUGCACGUGCACGUGCUAACAUCUGAUCGUAUAGUCUGCUGAUGAGAAUAAUGGCCAAGAAGAUGAAUACCCGACGGAGUGACCACGACAAGAAAACCUAAAACCAGUAGUACACGAGAAACAUGCGAAGAUCUUCGAAUUGGCUGGGCUACUUCCUUGUAGCGCCUUUAUUCCUCGAGCCGAGUAUAAUUUUCUUGCAACAGGAUUUUAAUUGGCACUUUUUCUAUCUGUCGAGCCUCGCACGGCGCUCUGAAGCAGGCGGGGAGAAGAAUACUAACCAGCAGCAGUACGUGCCGAGCUUCUACGCUCCCCUGCGCCUGAGUCGAGGGCAUCGGAUUUUACGAACGGAGAACAAUGUCAAACACGAAUUGGAGCACCAGCUCGGACCACGAUCGCAAGGGGUGACGAAGCAAGAGCAACAAGAAUGCUCAGGAGCUGCGAGUAGAACGGGUUCUACUCCUGCUAGCAAGAAUGGCAGCAGCCCGGCAGGGGUCCCUAGCCCUCCGAAGCCGAAGCGGAAGCCUUCGAAGGACAGCGUUAGUUUUGCUGCGAACCUGGUCGAGGAAGAAAUCAGGUUCAAAUCCGGAGAAGAUGAGUUGUAUGACGGCGAUAAUUUCUACGGUUCAUCUGAGGACUACUAUCACAACGACGGAGAACUACAAAGACGCGGGUCGUCGAAGGACUCGUGCGGGAGCAGUGGCGGAGAAAGCUGCUACGACUACAGGAAGCCGCCAAGACCGCCUAGGCCCCCGAGGACGAUACUGUCGAUGUGCAAAACAAGGCGAUACGAGCGUGGUUUGAUGGGGCGACAACCGUCGUCGAGUCGUGAGGGAAGCCCGGUUGUGGUGGGGUAUAAUUCCUGUUCCGAGCGAACAAGCGCCGAUUAUGAACAACCUGAACAAUGUACUGGUUCCGCAGAAGGCACUAAAGGUCGUUCGGACGCGAAAGCGCACGCCCGGGGUGCAAUAGCCGGACUCGCCCGACCGGGCCUGCCGCGCAGCUCCAAGAGUUGUUCUACCGAGGAGGACUUCUCGCCCAAGAUAACCGCACGCACGGCUGCGGUAUACGACUGUUUGACCGCGGCGGGCGCCGUCGUGGAACUCCGGACCACGAGCUCCGCGCCGAGUCUCGACCUGCAGCAAUCCAACUUUAUUUCCGAGAGCCCCCGCAUAAUUACAGCAGCAAGCCGCACUCGGCAAUCGCGUGAGACCUCCCCGGCCGCGCAGCGACACCAUCACCAGCCCAGUGCACUGCCGCCGCCCGCAAAGCCCGCGCCGCCUACGCGUCCCCGGCGCUCUUCGUCGGUGCAGGCGCUACUACAGUCCCGUAGCGUGGUCACCUGCCCGAGCGUUCUGGAGGGGAUGCGGGGGAACGCCAGCCAGGAGUCCUCGCAAGGGAGCAAGAAGCAGCAACUUUUGAUAGCUGGUGCUUCACCGCCAUCUAGGGUAGGAAAUAACAAGUUGAAGCAGAGCAAGGCCCUGCCACUGGAUCAGCUUUCGCUUGCUGCUGCCAGCCUGUCGCCGCUGAUCGCCAGUCCUGGGCGGGUUACCAGCAGGACGAGUGGAGGGGGAAGUAAAGACAAAACUGGCACUGGUGUAGGUACUAGUCCUAGUGUAGUCCUCAGCUCGACGUCGCAUACUAGUUGCACUUCUUCUGGAGUAGUACCACAACCAGCCACGAACCCUGGAAGCAAAGAGGAGAAAGGCACUACUAUCUGUGACCACGGUGGCGGAGAUCCUGAUCCUGUGAGCACAGCAGCAGGCGACCCAGGAUCUUCUUCACUGAACGCUCCUUCAACUACAUCAGCACAGCAACCACACAAGUGUCGCUUUACCGGGCACCGUCCGCGACCAGUCUGCACUGGCGUUCCGAUUUCUCCCGUCGUGGGUUGUACUACUAGCUACUUGGGCGGCCCGGCGGCGGCGGCGCAACUGACUCAACUUCCACAGCCCGCACAACUGAACGGCCGCGCCAACCCAAUUCCAAGUUACAUCGGCUCUGCCGAGACGCCGAGUCCAACCUUCCUUCGCCCCUCCUCGUCUCCAACGAGAGGGAGUCCAAAGAGCAGAGGUGGAAAGAUGAAAUGCGACAAGGGAGAGCGCAACGCGUUUAUGAUGCUGGAUGGAGAGGAAGGAACACCAACAUCCUGUAUUAACUACUACGGGAACAAACAACCCGAACCUGCCCCACGCCCCGGGACAGCGCUAGUAGUAUCCCCGGUCGGCAAUCCCGGUCCGCAUAAUUCUUCACUGGUGGAACAGCAAGCUCUGCAGCAAUUCGGUUACAACAGCCAAAACGGCGGGAGCAAGCACAUGAUCCGCGCGAUACCCAGCAAGCCUGGAGCUGCCCUUGGACAGAUCACGCACGACCCUCAGUAUCCCUCGAAUGUAGUUUUUGACCAGCACCACAGUAGCACUACCGCUAGUUCUUCGUCCUGCGCAACACCAGCAGCUCCACCCGGCGGUGGUCCUCCAACUCCGCCCAGCACGCGGGGGAUGAAGUCGUCGUCUCUGUUUCCACUAUCUUUCGCACCGGUCAACAUGGUCCAGCACUUGGUCGCGCAGUGCACUGGGUCGGGAUCGUCGCCCACCGCGGCCGCUCGUUACCGAGAACAACAGCGAACCGCUUUCCCCGCGCUCGAGGAGGGCAACUUUCCUCUUAGUAGUCCGUCAGCAGCGCAUGCACUAGCACAUGCACAAUUAUGUGGUGCUGCGCAAAACCAGCACCACCAGCCGCCUCAACCGCCGUUGCGGGGCAUGAGCCUGACUGUGCCGUCGCCCCCUUCACCAGCAGCUAUCACGCGGCGAGGUAGUUCUGUAGAAAACCAGAGUGGUGGUCAAAAUAAAAGCGGAUCCUCCUCUCCAGGUCCAUCAACCGGCAGUCCUACACGAGGACCUCUGAGUUGUGGUGGUGGUGCCAAGAGUAGUACGUCAUCAAACCCGCAGUCACCCACUUUCUUUCCGCCCGGUGGAAAUCAUGCGUCGUCGCCGCUGUGUGGACCGGUAGUUGCCGUUGGGUCGUCCCCCGCCAAUGGCGGACGGUGGACGGGCACGGGCUGUGCUCGUGAAGCAGCAUCUUCCUCAUCCCCCUCGGGAAGCGGUGCGAGGAGCCCUGGUUGUACAAGCGGCGGGCGGCCGCUCGGGUUUGACUCGUCCAGUGGUUGUCAGGCCGGCGCGACCCCGUUCCCAAACACCCCGCCCUGGAGCCGCUUCUCAGAGCACUGAGCAGGGGGUAGUUCGGUUGGUUGAGAAGAAGGGGAGGGGAGAGAGAAUGAACUUGUCCUCCAGGAGGACCGGGGCCUAAUUAAUAAGUGGCGCACUGCCACUGCGUCGUGUGCACCAUGGUGCACACAAAAUAUUUCAGUUCUUGUAGGAGUACCGCGUCCGAGAGCCUGAGCAAACAGAAAGACCACCAUGACAAGCAGUGAGGCAUUAUAUCGUUUAGAAUUCUACUUCAAUAUCGACGGUUGCCGGGCGGACGACCGUUGGCGGUGGCAGGGUCGUGCCGCACGCGUCGACAGGGACAGCUUCGAACUGCAUGAAUCAAGAUGUAUGAUUUGCUAUGUGGACAAAAAUAGAAAAAUUGAAUAUUGACAUACUUCACGAAGAAAUAGCAAUUGCAAUUGGAAUUGCGUAUCAAUCCUAAUAAUGUUAAAGAAUGGAAGUCAAAAUGGCAUAUACAACUAGACAGGGCGAGUAAACAAGCUGGAGCAUUAUACUUGAGCCGGCUCCACCACCGUCAUACUGCAACCACACGUAAUUCGAAUGUGAAAGAUGGUCGCAAUGACCUUCCACUUCCUUUAUGCAAUAUUCCUGGGCAGAGGAAAAGACAAAGAGCCCCAUGAAAAUUAUAUCUUGUGCAGCUAUUGUUCUAGAGGCGGCGCUGUCACAAUAGACCUCUACCUGCAGCACUACAACCGUGCUUUUUCUACUGAAGAUAUUGAGCAUGAUGAUGAGCUUCAGUGGAAAUUUUUCACGAGCCUUAAUUGACACUGGAAAUAGAUUUUCACAAUUUUUCCGAAAUACUUUACAACUUGAGCCUGCGAAAUGCCACCAACAAUAACAAAGCUUGUACACGUGAUUUAGUAUAAAAGAAGUCAG